ACUCUUUUAGACCAUUUCUCUUUGUUCUAAAAACAUCAUGGCCAAAACCAAAACCAAAACAACAAACACAACAACACCUUCAAGAUCAUCAUGAAUGCCACAGCCUCUGCCCCGGAUCCGAAUUCCUCCGAUGACGGGUUCCUCGGGUCACAAAACUUUGGUGGAUUCGCAUAUGGUAUCGGAGUCUCUGCAGGGAUAUUGUUGUUGAUAACAACAAUUACCCUAACGUCCUAUUUUUGUACGAGGCAUCAAACAACGGUGGAGCCACCACAAAGGAGACAUAGGAAUAAUAAUAACGAUGUGGUUGUGGUCGUGGACGUGGAUGUGGACGUAGGGCUUGAUGAGGAAACCCUAUCGAGUUUUCCAAAGUUGUUGUAUUCGGAUACUUAUAAGAAUAUUCACAAGGAUUCAACCGCGAGUUCUUGUUGUUCAAUAUGUUUAGGUGAUUACAAGAAUAGUGACAUGUUAAGGCAAUUGCCAGAUUGUGGCCAUUUGUUUCACUUGAAAUGUGUUGAUCCAUGGUUGAGGUUACAUCCAACUUGUCCUAUUUGUAGAACUUCUCCAUUGCCAUCACCACUAUCUACUCCUCUAGCUGAAGUUGUUCCUUUGGCAACUAGACCUAUUGGAUAAAGUGCUAUUCAAAUUCUAUGUUAUCUACUUAAGGUUCACUAUCUGCUUUUGGGCUCGAUUAAUCUGGAUUUGAGGUGAAAUAGCAUUUACUAACCACUUUUUGACCUUGUUUUCAAAAUAUAGUUAAUGUCAUGGGGUUUCAAGUUCACAUGUUAAACUCUAGGAAAAUCCGACGAUUUCAAGGUCUUGUAUUCCCUUUUGAGCUCGAUUAGUCUGGAUUUGAGGUGAAAUAGCAUUUGCUUGUCACUAUUCGGCCUUGCUUUUGAAAAAUAGUUAAUGUCAUGUGGUUUCAAGUUCACGAAUGAAACUUUAAGACAUUAUCAUGUAGUUUAACUUGUGGAAUUUAAAAUUUUAUAACGCUGACUAUUUUUCUAUUAUAAGGACUGAAAAGUAGCUAUUUUGUGGAUUUUAUCCGAAUUUGAGCCGAAAAGUCCUAACUUGAGGAUAAAAAUGUUCUCUAUCAAAGGCGAUUACCAUUCUUAGGACUCGAAUGCGGAACUUUUGGUAUUUUUUCUUUUUCUA